AUGUCGACUCCUGUCAGUCCCGUGGAGCAUAAGCUCCCUCAGCGUUCGGGGACCGUCACUAGCGCCAUGACUGGUGUCAGUCGUCGGACUUCCAUGAGUGAUGACGAGGCCAUUCCCGGCUCUGAUAGCAAUGAGACCACGAACCUCCUCCUCGAGCGUCUCCGUGCUUGGAAGCACAUGUGUGGAUAUUUGGAAGAGUAUGUGUCUGCGACGGCCAAGGUGUCCAAGUCGCAGUCCAAGGACUUUGAGAAGGUUUUGAAGACUGUGAACGAACCUCUGCGGGAAAGCCACCAUUUCUCCCAGAGCGCCGGCGGCGUUUCUUCUUGGUUUGAGAACAUUCGCGCCAACACUCAGGGCAUGGUGAACCUGUACCUUGACACUGAGAGGAACCUCAAGGGCUCCGUGCUCCCGACCUUGGAGCGUCUUCACAAGGAAAUCAAGGCCAAGUCGAAGGAAUUGCACAACGGCGCUGCAAAGGGCGCUAAGGCUGUCGACAAGGCUCGCGGUGUCACUCAGAAGCACAUUGAGCUCCUCGCUCAGCACACGGCCACACUCGACGCUGCGUCCCAUAACAAGAUCGACACGGCCCAUGACCCUUACAUUCUCCGUCGAGGUGUCACCCACCGCCUGAACAAGCAGGUUAUCGAGGAGAACAACAACCGCCAGGACCUCAUCGCUGUGCAGAACAACUUCCAGCAGUUCGAGGCCCAUGUCCUGCAGACCGUCCAGGGCGCUAUGGAGCAGUUCGUCGUCUACAUGGGCGGCCAGCUCGACCGUCACCGCGCCAUGUACACGGACAUUCUGUCCUCAGCGCAAAAGGUUCCCCCAGACUUCGAAUGGGUCAACUUCAUGACCAGAAACGACCACAUCCUCGUCAACCCCGACGCCCCGCCGCGCUCCCUCUCCAACAUCACCUUCCCCAACCAGGAGCAUCGCGCCACCAAGCCCUUGAUCGAGGGCACUCUGGAGCGCAAGUCCCGCGCCAUGCUCAAGGGCUACAGCAGCGGCUUCUACGUCGUGACCCCCGCCCGCUACCUCCACGAGUUCAAAGACAACGACGACCUCCGCCGCGACCCCGCUCCCGAACUUUCCCUCUACCUGCCCGACUGCAUCAUCGGCGCCAUCGACGGCUCCAAGUUCAGCGUCAAGGGCAAGGACGUCUCCAGCGGCAAGGUCGGAAACGCCUUCCACACCAACACCGAGCUGAGCUUCAAGGCCGCCAACUCCAACGAGGCCGAGAAAUGGUGGACCGUCAUCAAGGACGCCACUCGCGCCCCGACGUUCGCUUCUAGCACCACCACCUCGCCAACCAGCCCUGUUGCGGCCGAGAGCUCCCAGCCCCCCGCUUACGUCGAGAAGGAAUCCGCUGCUGCUCAGCAGGAACCAGCCGCCGCUGCGUCCCCGACCACUCCCGCUGCUGUCUCUCGUACUAAUACUAGCGGCUCUGGCACUCUCCCUACUGCUUCUGGUGCCGCCGCCCCGGCAGCUGCACCUGCUACCACUGCUACGGAGGAUAAGGCGUGA